AUGAUGCUGUCCAGGAUCAUUUUCUGCACGGCAGUCCUGUUGGCGACGUUGGCAGUAAUCCUCUUGGCUUUGUUCUCGCCGCUACCUAAAAGAAAGUCGUCGCCGCCGUGGCUCGACCUUUCCUUAUACAUUCAACAACCACCCAACAACAACAACAACAACAUUGCAGGCUCAAAUAACGCCGGAAAACAACCGCAACCGGACAGCAGCGGAGGAGCGUUCAUCUUCCACCGGAUGCUCACCGAGGGACCCGAGAACACUUCCCGUGUGGUGGGGAAAGCACAGGGAUUCAUAAUCCCCGUGGAGCACUUUGCCAACUCGGGAUUCAACAUAAUCUACCUGACCUUCCACACGCCUCAGUAUUCCGGCAGCCUCAGCGUGGAGGCCAAGCAUGUUUCCCGCCAAGACACGGAGGAGCUUACGGUGAUGGGCGGAACGGGGUCGUUUGCUUUUGCGAGAGGAGUUGCCGUUUUUGCUCAGACAACUGAUCAGGAUGACCAGCAACCGUCAUCGGGGAAUGGGGUGGAUUAUGCCACUUAUCAUGUAAAGUUGCAGCUUAGAUUUCCCAACCAGUCUCGGACAGUUUUUGGAUGA